AUGGAUCAUGUGAUGAAUUAUACCUCAAAAAGUCCUGAGAAGUCCAGUCCGAGUUUUCCAGAGGAUGUAGAAGAUGAUGAUGAAGAUCCAAUGGAUUUGGAGCCAUUAAAAUAUUCUUCUCUUCGUCAACAUGUAAACAACAAUAACAACAUUAAUAGUGAAAAUAAUCGCAAUAAUAAUACAAUCAACCAUUGUGAUGAUGAUGUUGACGAACAACUGGAUGUGACAAUGUUACCACCGGAGGAUGAAGACGACGAUAUCGGUGGAACAACUCGUGGAUUCAUGUUAAAUGUUGAUAGCCCACGUCAUCCAACUGAUUCAACUGAAAAGAAAGUACAUUGGUCAAAUCAAAAUGUCCAAACAUUGUUAGAUUGUGUAGAAAAACAUUUGGAUGAAUUUAAUAUACAAAAAAAGCAUAAACAAGUUUGGCAAAUUAUUGGCACAGAAAUGGAAUCGUUAGGUUUUACCAUGGAACAUUGUUACAAUAAAUGGAAGAAUUUACGUCGUGAUGUUCGUUUAUUGGUGAAUAAUCCACAAAAAGCUGUUCGUAACGCCGAUAUUCUACGACGUGUGGCUCGUUUAAUUUUAGUAAUCUAUCCAAAUAUUGAUGCUACAACUAUGCAAGUAACCGGUGAUCGUAUCAGUACAAGUAAAUCUACACCGAAUACACCAGGUGGUCCUGGUAGUUUGUCAUCAGCCAGACUUACAUUAUCCUCAUCAUUACACGCUCCGGAUUCACCAUUAUACUUUGGUCUAUCUAGAACGCGUACACCACAUUCCUUAACACCGAAUUUUCAUUCAUUAAAUGGUACAAAAUAUAAAACUGAACAGUCCAAUUAUGAUACAACAACUAAUACUCCCACUACUUCUACAAUGAUAAAAAAACACCAUGUAUCAUCUACGCCUAAUUCAACAACUCAUGACAACAAUACAACAAUUUCACAACAUGCUAAUUCUGGAUUUCCAUUCAUUUUUAAUCCCGCAGCAGCUGCUCUUCUAGUUCAGUCACAGCUAUUCAACGAUUUACUACGUCAACAACAAACACAAUUACAAGAUGAUUCUAUACCUUUGGAUAGUAUACAACAACGUGAACAAUUCUUUGCUCUUACUGCCUCUCUAAAAAAUGCUUUGCACUCUACUAAUAGUCCAAAUACCACAAAUGGUGGUAAUGCUGCACUUACACAGCAUACUACUAAUACAAAUAAUAAUGGUAUUAAUAAUGCCAAUAAGAGUGUAAUCACAAAUGGUAAUGAUUUUAAUACAGACAAUAACAACAACAACGCUAAUAAUUCAUUGCAUGUUGCCAAUUUAGCUUCUAAUUUGUUGAAUGGUUUAAACGGCAUGGAUACAUCACAAUAUCUGAAUUUAUUGGCAUCUGAAGCAGGUUUACUGAAUGGUAAUACGACUAGUCAUCUUAAUAAUUAUAAUAAUACUAGUCAUCCUCAUCAUCAACACCAGCCACAACAACAGUCAUACACUUCUAUAUCCGAUCGAUUACCGCCUGGUAGUGAGUUGGCUGGUGUUGUCCAGCGUUUACUCAAUGAAGAGACUAUUCAUUUACGCUUGACCGAUAUGGUUACACAUUUAGCUGACGAAUUAAGGGCAGCUGGUCUACGUAGACGUGCCACAUUAGAUCAACUAUUAGAAAUUAUGCAAGGUGGGGGCGGGGUACCACCUCUGGAUGUGUAUCGGCAGUCGGAUCAAAUACAUCCAUGA